AUGCUGUUUCUCUCAAAACUAUUGAAGAUAUUGCCUUUUUCAAAAGAUAUCAAUACUAAUUGUUUAAUGGUGAACCUUAAGUCAGAAUUAUUUCAUCAUGAUACAUUGCAAUUGAAAUUUAAUCCUAAAGAUAAUUAAGAGCCUUCAAAGAAGAAUUAGAUUAUUUAUAUUUACUUUCUUAACACAGUCAAUAUCGAUUAUCCUAAAAUGGUUAUAUGCCAAUUAAUCUAUUUAUUGUUCAAUCUAAACUAUUAUAUAACUACUAACUCAAUCUUUGUUUAUUUAGUUAAAAUUUAGGAGUUUGGAAAAAAUAAUUUGAUUUUAUUAAGGGAAUUUCAAAAUAAUCAAAAUAUCUUUUGUGUAAGGCAUUGUUUGAUUAACAAAUAAAUGAGUAGUUGUAAUUAAAAUAAGAAAUUUCUAAAUGAAUUUUCAACCUUUAUACCAUUAGCUAUUGUAAAAAUGAGAUCUUUAUAACCGAUAAGAUAAAUAGCAUGA